AUGUCUCACCCAUCAAGGAGACCGAAGGUUAGCGGCACGUCUCGUCGAAAGGCUGAUAGUCAAUCUCAGCCACAAUCCCAUUCGUCCCACCGUUACGCCACUGGUCUUUACUAUACUUCCCUCGUAUCUCCGCUACCUUCUUCGCCUCCACUACUCCCCAAGACUCCUCCUAGACGACCCGUCGCUAUUCCAACUCACCCGAGUCCUCAAUCUACGCCAACGUCGAAGACUACUACAGACAGUGCCGCGGCAACCAUUUUCUCGGACUCUGCUUCUUCCGACUCUGCUUCUACAGCAUCGACGUCCGUGGAGGAACCUUCCAUCAUCCUUGGAGCGACGCGGACGAGAAAGAUCAGUUCUGCACAAGAGGUAGCAGCCAAAUGCCGGGCAGUUUGGGCAAUGCGAGACAAGCUUGAUAUGCGAGCGAACAAGUGGGCUAUGGACGAUGCGCCGAGAUGGGGAGCUGUGGGCUUGAUGGGUGGUCUGGCGCACGGGUACCGUUCGGCGGGUUCGUCAGAGGGUUCGUCACCGUCGUCGAAUGCCGAUGCCUCGGUGGAUGUGGACGAGUAUAUGACGUCUAUGUCGGAGGAUACGAGAGACCCGACAUUGAUGGAUUAUCCAGCACCGCCCCAAUUGAAUCUGCCGAUAUCGGCAAACCAGCUACCACCGACGGGCAUUCCUUGGCCUGUUUCGAGAUAUUUGUUGUCUCAAGCGACGUCGGAGGUCAAGGAGAACCGGGGCCUUUCCGCAAUUGACACUUCGGUAUCACCCAGCCACAGCAGUUCGCCACCUUCUCCCAAAGCACGGCGACGUCAGUCUAGGGUCGAUGGUCUUGAGCGAGUUAUGGAGGAAGCGACGUUAGCGAUGAUCCGUUCUACUCGUCCAGACGGUCGUAUCGAGUGUCCGCGCCACGACUGCACUGACCUUCUCAAGUCAGUCAAGGCCGUUGCCCUACACCUGCACAUCCACGAUAUACAUGAUCGGUUAAGCCCCAAAGAGUUCCCAUGCAAUGCGUGUGGCGGAACUUACGAAUCUCCCCGAGAGCUGCGUAUGCAUGACUGUGGUCGACAUCGUCAAGCCGCCCCCACGGGCAACGCUCCAGCCGCCGCAACCCUCGGACACGUUAACUUGAACCUUGGAAUAUCGCUACCUCUGACUAUUCCUCUGGGCACGCCAAGGCGGGCGAUAUCUGUGGGGGCUGCUGGGAGUGGAGCGGGUUCGGGGCCUGGGGGAGGGAAUGGGAGCCAGCAUUGGGGACCGCUGAGAGAUGGGUUGAAGAGGAUCGUCGGAAGGGCUACAAGGAGGCAUGACCCCUUAGGCGCAGGCCAUUAGGUCCCAAUUUACCGCUAUCUCACGAUCCAAUCAUCGACUACAAGGCGACACGACGACACGACCUACCCACCGCGACGCCACUCUACGAAUGAUACGCACCGUGCACGAUCUAUUUAUGAACGGUACCGCAAGCCUGCUACGCAUCCAUACACCACGCAUCCA